UGGAGUAGGAAGGAAGUAAGAGAGAACGAGGGAGAAAGGAGAAGGCUGGGUCAGGGAGAGGAGUGUAGAUGGUGGUAGGCGAUUCAAGGGGGAAGCUUGUUAAGAGCCAAACAUGAAGGGGGGGGAGCCUACAGGAAAUGAGCUCUCCAUCCUGCAGUUAAAUCUGACCUCUUGGCUGACGAUCAAAUGCUUGUCCAUCCAAAUACCAUAGCGUCUCUGUCCAGGGCACGGGCUGAGGGAGGGACAGAGGGAAAAGAGGGAGGGAGAACGGGCACUUCCCCAGUCGUCUGUCUACGAUUUACAGAUAUACAGGGAGGGAGAGCGAGUCCUCGGAACCACCCCCAGCUUCACAUACAGAGAACAACACGUCCCCCUCUGCCACCAACAUCCAAACACUCAUACUGAUGCCGUGAGAUGGAUCUAAAAAAGUCGAGCAUUGCUCAGAUAUACAGAUGUCUCUUCUUCACUCCCACUCCUUCACUCGAGGGCAAUGAGGUAAAAAUGGGGAACUAUUAAUAGCCGGAUGCCAGACCAAGAUGAUGGACAGUGCUGAAGAGAAACUUCAUUAUUAAAAUGCUGCCUUUACUUCUAAUAGGACUGUUUGGAUUCUGAGCCUAAGAUUGGACUUCAGUGGAAUUCUUCCAGCUCCGGGUUUGGGUGGAAACAACCUUUCCCAUUUUAAGGGUGCAGUUUUUUUCCCCUUGCUCACGUAAUUGCUUGCGUGUUAGCCCUAAUUGGAGGUAGGAGGUUAUAGGAACUUACUGGAUCAGACCACGAUGGAAUGGAGUGUGUGGGGUGCAGGAGCUGAGGAGACUUCCCCGUGCCUGGUUGUCGAGUUCUGGAGACCUUACUUCACCUCAGCUCCACUCUUAGACCUUCAUGUACAACAAGAAAGACUAGCAUAUUCAGACUCAGCACAGCUUCUUCAACAUAUUUAACCUCACCUCAUCUACCCUAGACCUUCAUUCUCUCUAGUUCGAUUGAGCUCCUUUUUUAGGAUGCGGCGCUUUGCCAAGCUCAAAAAAACCUUUCCGUUUCUUGCACACUUCCAUGUGUACAAAAAGCUGGGCAGUGGUAUGCAGGGUGAAGAAGGCACAGAGUGGCUCCUGGAGCUGCUGAUGGAGGUGCAGCUGCAGCAGUAUUUCCUGCUCAUCCGGGACGAUCUUAACGUCACGCGCCUGUCACACUUCGACUACGUCAAGAACGAAGACCUGGAGAAGAUCGGCAUGGGCCGGCCCGGACAGAGAAGGCUGUGGGAGGCAGUGAAGAGGAGAAAAGCGAUGUGCAAACGCAAGUCUUGGAUGAGUAAGGUGUUCAGCGGGAAGAGACCAGACGGGGAUUUCCAGCCGCAGGCAACCAGCACUUUUCGUAAGCUCUCGAGCACUCCUCCUCCUACAGAAGGCCAGCAGCAAGCACUCACCUGCCUGAUCAGCGAGAAGGAGCUGACGUUGUGUGAGAAGCUCGGAGACGGCUCGUUCGGCGUGGUGAAGCGUGGAGAGUGGGUCACCCCGGGGGGAAAAGUGUUAAAUGUCGCGGUGAAAUGUUUAAAGACAGACGUCCUGAACCAGCCAGACGCUCUGGAUGACUUCAUUCGUGAGGUCAACGCCAUGCACUCACUCGACCACCAGAACCUCAUCCGCCUCUACGGAGUCGUCCUCACACACCCCAUGAAGAUGGUGACAGAGCUGGCUCCUCUUGGCUCUUUGCUGGAUCGCUUGAGAAAGACGCAGGGACACUUCCUUAUCUCUACGCUCUGCCAAUACGCCAUCCAGAUUGCUAACGGUAUGGCCUACCUGGAGACCAGGCGCUUCAUCCAUCGAGACCUAGCUGCCCGCAACAUCCUGUUAGCCUCCAGCGACCUCGUCAAGAUCGGAGACUUCGGCCUGAUGAGGGCGCUGCCCAACAACGAUGAUCAUUACGUCAUGCAGGAGCAUCGUAAAGUCCCCUUUGCUUGGUGUGCUCCAGAGAGCCUGAAGACACGCACCUUUUCCCAUGCCACGGACACAUGGAUGUUUGGGGUGACCCUGUGGGAAAUGUGCACUUACGGCCAAGAGCCAUGGCUCGGCCUCAACGGCAGUCAGAUCCUUCAUAAGAUAGAUAAGGAACGUGAGAGGCUACCGAAGCCUGAGGACUGUCCCCAGGACAUCUAUAAUGUCAUGCUGCAGUGCUGGGCGCAGAAACCCGACGACAGACCUACAUUUGUGGCUCUCAGAGAGUUCCUGGUGGAGACGAUGCCGACUGAUAUGAGGGCGCUGCAGGACUUUGACGAGCCUGACAAACUGCACAUUCAGAUCGGUGACGUCAUCACCAUCAUCGAGGGCAGGGCGGAGAAUUAUUGGUGGCGAGGGCAAAACAAGCGCACGCUGAAGGUGGGGCAGUUCCCCAGGAACGCGGUUACCUCCGUAGCCGGACUGUCGGCUCAUGACAUCAGCCGGCCACUGAAGAACAGCUUCAUCCACACGGGCCAUGGAGACACCAACCCUCGCCGCUGCUGGGGCUUUCCGGAUCGGAUAGACGAUCUGUAUCUGGGGAACCCCAUGGAUCCUCCGGAUGUCCUGGGGCUGGAUCCAAAUGCUCCCAGGCCCACACAGCUUCCUGGGCGUGCCAAAAAGGAUCCUCCCCCUCGGCCCCCUCAGCCUGCUGUGCUCCUGAAGAACCAAAACUAUGACCCAGUUACAGAGGAUGAAGACCUGACGUCCUCCGGCUUGAGUCGCCUCUCAUUAAAAAAGCCCCCCACAAAGAGCCUGAAACUGAAGCCAUCAGCCUGGGUUUCAGCCACCAAGCUGAGCGAUCGGCCUUUUUAUUGCCUCCGAACUCCAGGAGGUGGUACUGCCUCUGAGGUCUCUCUUAUAGACUUUGGAGAAGAAAUGUUCUCUUCUACCCCCUCUCCUGUUGUAGAAUCCCAGGUCUCUAGUUUGUCUAGACUGGUCCUGGAAGCAGAUAACAUCUUGGAUUGUACCCCACCCCAUAGUCCGUUUCGGUCUCUGCCUCGGCCACUCCACCCCACCCCAGUGGUAGACUGGGACUCGAGACCUCUCCCUCCUCCUCCAGCAUAUGAUGACGUAGCACAGGAUGAAGACGACAUCGAGGUGAGCUCGAUCAAUAGCACAGAGAUAAGAGGUCCUGAUGAACCUGGCUCUCCUUGUGCCCCUUGCACUCCUGCAAAUGAGGAUAAAUUCAGAGUAGAGGAUGAUCUCUUCCCCCCCAGCACACAGAGUUGUUCUCGGACCUUCUCACAAUCAGCUGAGAUCUUCCAGGAGCUACAGCACGAGUGCAUGAAGCGUCUGAACGUACCCGUAGGCUCCAUAAGCCCCGAUCCCUACCGCCAGAUCUUUCUGUCCACGUGCGAGGACAAGCCCCAGGUCCCGCCUCGAGUCCCGAUCCCACCUCGACCUCCAAAAAGCACAGGAAACGACUGUGCCCGCUGGUCACGUGACCUCUCUCCAGCCUCGUGCUGCGAGGACGAGAAGGCUUGUCCGCCUCAGAUCCCCCCGAGGGAUCCGCUGUCUCAGCCGGGCUCUCGUACGCCCAGCCCCAUGAAUCGUACCACACACUUCCUCUCCACCUCACCGGGCAAAUUGAUGCCUACUACACAGAGCUUUGCCUCUGACCCCAAAUACGCUGCACCCAAAGUCAUUCAGGCCCAGGGCAAAGACAAGGAAUCAGCCAAAGGACCCUGCAUACUGCCCAUCGUACGAGACGGCAAGAAAGUGAGCAACACGCACUAUUACCUGCUGCCUGAGAGGCCCACGUACUUGGAUCGUUAUGACAAAUUUUUCAAAGAGGCUGAAGAGGAUGAGAGAAGGCCAGUCAACACGGCGACAGUCAGACCCAUGGUGCAACAGCAGGGAGACACAAAAUCAAACUUUUCCUGCAAUAAUAACAGCUGUCUUCCAGCCAGAGCAGGCAUCAGGAACUCUAUCAGUCUGACCAAAGUCAGCACCGAAGGGUCUGGCAGCAGGGCAGAGGGAGCGGCUAACGCUGACAGAGUUAAAUUGGUGCAGGAGGCGGUGCACGGUGUGACGAUUGAGGAGUGUCAGACGGCACUGCAGAACCAUACCUGGAACGUGCAGAAGGCUGUGCACUACCUAAAGGUGGAGCAGCUCUUCUGUCUGGGUUUGAAGUCCAGGGUGGAGUGUCAUAAGAUCCUGGAGAUGUGUGACUGGAACCUGGAGCUGGCCAGCACUCAGAUUUUAGACACUUAUGGCUCAGUCAAACAGAGUUCGUCCCAGUUGGCCGUCUGUGCGCUCUGUUCAGCAGUGUGCUGACUCCCACAAAGGACUGUAUACCAGGAGAAAAAAGCGAUAAUAAAACUCACAGACGAGCACGUCUUCAUCUUCGUCCUCAUCCUCCCCUCAUCAAAGAUUAAACAGGGCAUCUAGAAAACACUAGGAAUCUCGAGUUCCCUCGCUCUGCUAUACCGAGGGACUCGCGUCCGUGCGUCCGUGCACGUCCUUAGAACUGAGCGUCUUCCUCCAGAAGCCUUUCUCAAGGUGCACUUCUGAGUUCAGAGGUCAACAGUUCAUCAAGUUUUAUUUGUUCUCUGUUUUGAACAGAAAAAAGGUAGAAACCAAAGUGCUGCUGGUCCGUUACAAUACGAUGUUUUGUUUGUUUGUUUGUUUUUUAUACAGAGCUUUAUUUGAUAAAUAAUAAAAGGAGAUUAUUCAAUGGGAACUCAGUGUAUAAGAGGUGUAUAUAUUAUCAGAGUGUAUAGGCUUGUUUGUGUCAAAUGGCCCUUUUUUUUCAGCUGACUGCAACAAUGUUUAUCGAAAUUGUUUUGUGUUGUGUUCUUUCUUGCUUUAUCUAUUUUUUUCCCCCUGUUCUUUUCGUUUAAAGAUAUCUACGUUCACACUUUCCUAACCCUGUGUUUGCACUAGCUAUCGACAGGACGUAAGUUCCCUUCUUCCUCGAAUCCGAUUGCAUCAGAUUUAGCAAUAAUUUGAAUUAUUCGCGUCAUCGUAAAGCAUCCGCGGUUUCUUUCUAUGAAUAAAAGGUGCUCCUCGUUCCGUUUAACCUGAUCGCCGCUGUCUGAUGUCAUCAGUGACUCCUCCCACUCACGAACACUUCCUGUAGAGGAUAUCAGUUGCAUAUCUGAGUGUUCUUAAUAGUUUGUUUCUUUGUUUGUUUUGUUGUUGUUUUUUUCUGUAUUUUUCAUUGCACAUUUCACUGGUAUUGUGCAUCGGAAUUUUAGCGAGCUGCUCCUACACAAUACUUCAGCACGAGCGCUCUCAGGAUACACUGAUGUCAACAAGUCGAAGCGAUCAGUCGAAGUCAGGCUGUUUCCCGAAUAACAAAAAUACAGCUCGGUUUGUUCGACGUCCGGAAAAGUCCAAUUGUGUCGUAUUGCCGUAUUUUCCACCAAAAAAAAUAAACAAAACAAAAACACGAUUAGCUCCGAGUGCCACUUCAUCAUGACAUGUCCUUUGUUAUUGUGAACACAGGGUUAAACCUAAAGGCCAAAAGACCACGCACAAUUCGUCCGCGUACCGUACGUCUGUACGUCUCCAGACUCGACACCAAGACAGCUGAGAUGUACGAAAUGCUUCGGUUCCUACAGCUGACUUGUUCCACGUACAGUACAGCGCAUUCACACAGCACAGAACUUACAGUAAAUGCUUCAAUACGGUGCAGUUUUCAGAAGCACAAUCGAGCGGCCUUAAAGAAAUCCUCCAGCCGUUAUAUCUAUCCGAACGGUGCGUGACGUUAAAACCGACACGUUUCCUCUGUGUGUUAAGAACAGACUUAAAAAUUUAUUAUAUUAUUAUGUAUAAGGGGCAGCUGUUAAAUUGCACCAACACACUUUAUAUGAAAAGAUAUGAGCUAAUCUACAGUUACAUUACAUUCUAACUUUCAUCCCUAUGAAGCUUAAUUCAAUCGGUCAGUACAGAGAAACGACUCGACGUGUUUGCACUUAUCUUUCACACUUUUUUCACACAGGUUUUUAAGUCACCAGCAAAUAUGUUAAAGUUAAACCUGUGAUAAACAGUUGCUUUGUAAACGCACAGUGGAGCCUCCAAGGUGUGAUGUUGAGUCCUUUUUUUUUUUUUUAAUUUUCUGACCUCACAAGAUGUAGAAAACAUAAUGGGAAGAAAAUAUGUCUAUAAUUCGCAAGCAACCCGCGACGGCGAUCUUUAUUUCGUCUGCAUUGUCGAUAAUAUCCAAGCUAAUCUAACGAGUGGUGAUGCUAGCUUACGACUCGUCGUAGUGAACAUGUAUCAUGUCGGUUAAAGUAUUUUUCCCCGGAUAUCAUCACAGCAUCCGGCACCCUGAGAUGUUAAAUAUCACUUCUUCCAGUUCCCUCCCAGAUGUUUUUCGUCUGCUUUACGGUAAUAACCGCUUGGAUGUAGCUCUUAAGGUCCAGUGUUAGAGAUACUGAAGCAUACAAUCAACCCCAUAAAACAGCAAUCUCACAGCCAUUGUGCGGCGACUCCUUCGGUCUCGGACUCAUUUUAUUCCCCUGACGGCAUGUAUUGUGUUGGACUCACUACGUCAGUUUCCAGCUCUGAAUAAUUAUAAUAAACACAUAGGCAUCCUGAUCAAACAGAUUAAUUAGCCUCCAUUAUGCUGUAUUUAUGAGAUUGAAAUGACCUUGUGGUGGUGUUUUCACACUCCGUUCUCCUGUUCCAGCUUUAUCAUGCCGUACUGUUCGCUCUUCCAUCUUCUUCUUUAUGUAUUUUACUGUCUUGUUCAUGCAGAUAUAAAAUUUAUAUACAGUAUAUAUAAAUAUAUAAAUACGUAUUUUUAUUAAAAAUUAACGAUUUUUAUCUUUUUCUAUAA